AAGUACGCGUGAGACACGCAACGCGGCGCCGGUAUCCAUGCUUCUUGUUUUUCUAAGUUUAAGUAGUGACUGUAAGUGACAUUUGCACAUAAAAAUAAAUAAUCAAAACACAGAAAGAAAAUAUUUUGGAUUAAAUACAAUUAUUUAAUUAGAAAUGUAUGUAUUUCAAAGAUAUUGAUAAAAGAUUGAAAUAGAAAGACUGAUAAAAUUACCGCAACGUGGAGCCGCUGGAUAGCGAUCAGCUGAUCGUGCUCGAGUAAGACAAUCUGUUCGGGUGGGCUGAAACGCCUGUGUAUAUGUUUCCCUGUUUUUCUAAAUACAUGAGAUAGUCUUAGAAUUUUGAAGUGUACGAAGGAUUAUUUAAUCGAAGAAGAGAAUACGGGCGUUCGUUACAGGAUACAUGGAAGAAAGGGACGAAGGGUGAAGACGACGGUUCUGUCCGUUUUCAUAUACAUAUCAGUAUCUGCAAAGAAGAAAUGGCUCGUCCUUCCAAUUGUAAUCCGCUUUCCUAUCUCGUCGAAAGACAAAUCGACGACAAAGUCGAUUACUGUAAACGUCUCGUUAACGCCAGAUUCGAAAGCUCCGAAAAUCUGUUUAGAAAAGAUCUAUUAUCGCAUUAUGGAUGCGUUAAUGCAAUUGAAUUUUCGAAUCAAGGAGAUCUUCUUGUUUCUGGUGGUGAUGACAGAAGAGUUUUAUUAUGGAAAGUGGAGCAAGCAAUACAAGAUGUAGGCAAACCUGCAGUAAUGAAAGCUCAACAUAUUAGUAACAUUUUUUGUCUUGGUUAUGAUAGUAGCAAAACAAAAAUAUUUUCUGCUGGAAAUGAUGAUCAAGUUAUUGUUCAUGAUUUACGAACGGGAGAUGUUGUGAAUUUCUUUUUACAUCAAAAGCCUGUUUAUGGAUUGUCAGUACAUCCACAUAAUGACAAUGUAUUUGCAAGUGCAUGCGAUGAUGGCAGAGUUUUAAUUUAUGAUAUACGAGGAUCUAGUGCUAUGGAAACAUUUUGUUUAGCACGGUAUAAAACUGCUUUUCACUCUGUAAUGUUUAAUCCUAUUGAACCUAGGAUGCUUGCUACCGCCAAUGCUAAAGAAGGUGUUAGCAUGUGGGAUGUAAGAAAACCUUUAAAACCUAUAUUACGUUAUGGAAAUGAAACUUCAGCUCAAAGUUGCAUGAAUGUUAGAUUUAAUGCAGCAGGUAAUAGAUUAUUAGCUUUGAGAAGAAGAUUGCCUCCUGUACUUUAUGCUGUAGAUUCUUCUACUCAUUUAUGUCAAUUUGAUCAUCCUGGAUAUUAUAACAGUUGCACAAUGAAAUCAUGUUGUUUUGCUGGAGAUAACGAUGAAUAUGUACUUUCUGGUUCUGAUGAUUUUAAUUUAUACAUGUGGAAAAUUCCUUCUGAGAAUGUAAAAUGGGUAAAUUCUGCACAUAUGGUAUUACGUGGUCAUAGAUCUAUUGUAAAUCAGGUACGAUACAAUCAAGCUAGUUGUAUUUUUGCUUCAUCUGGAGUUGAGAAACUUAUUAAGAUUUGGAGUCCAUUUCCUCUUGGAAGUAAUUGCUUAGGUGGAUUAAAGAGAGAUGAUGGAAAACAAGAGAGGCAACGUAGAGUAUUUACACAUGAUGAAUAUAUUGGAUUAGUAUUACGUAGUGGUCAAUUUAUGACACAUGAUUAUAGCCAUCAAUCAACUAGAGAAGAUCCUAGAAUGAUGGCAUUUUUUGAUUCGUUGGUACAACGCGAAGUUGAAGGCUGGAGUUCUGAAGAUAUGUCAACAGCACCUCAAACUCCUAGUGAUUCUGAAAGUAAUCUUAUAGCUGGACGGGUUUAUAGCGCAACAGAUUCUGAUGAUUCUAUAGCAUCUGAUCGUCAGUUGAUGUUAAGUAUUUUGGGACCUGCAGUAACAUUGGCAUCUCAUGGAUCCUCUGGAGGUGGUGUAGCUCCUGAAAGACCUUUAGAGUCUCCAAAUCGUAUAACACGACUUAUAGCAUAUCGUAGAGAAAAACUAAUGAGACUUGCAGCUGUAGAUUGUGGUGCACCAACAAAUAAUACUUCAGCUGCAGUGUCAGAACCGUCUGCAUCAGGUUCUGCUAGUGAAGGGGACAAUACACAAAUUAAGUGUAAAUCUAAAUCAAAAUUAAAAUUUAUAAAAAGAAAACAUGGUAAAAUUACUGAAAUCAGGAGAGCUGGAAUAAAGUGUGCAGUGCUACAAAUUAAUAGUGACUCUGAUAGUGAUGAACAACCUGUUGAUACAACUCAGCCUAGUACCAGUUCUGGUGUAGUUUCUAGAAGAUCAAGAUAUGUUGUGCAUAUUGAAAGAGAUGCAAAACAUUCAAAUUACAGUAGCAGUAGUUCAGAAGAUAAUGAUAUUUCUAGUAAACGAAAACAUUCAAAAACUGAUUCUGAUACUUCUACAAAAGUACACAGAAGAAAACAUAAGAAAUGUAAAAGUAAUUCAAAAAGUGAUAUUUCUAAAAAUAAGAGCAAAAGACAAAAAAUUGAUUACGACAAAAAAAAGAAAUCAGAUUGGAAGCUUUAUUUAAAUGAUGUUAGUAAUGCAAUAAAAGUUCAAAAAGAUGGUUCAUCUAUGUCAAUGAACAAAUCAAGCAAAGUUCCUUCAACUCCUGAUAGUGGUAUCACGUCAGGAGUGUCUACAAGUGAAAAAAAUGGUGAACAAGCACAGAAAGAUCAAAAUGAUGCAGAGAGUUCAGAUCACGAGCAAAAACUAAAAAAUCUAGAAUAUUUUAGAAAAAAAGUGAAUGUAGUAAGAAGGAGCUACCGUAUUCGAUCUAAACCCUUGUCUCAAACUAUUUCAACUACAACCGAUUCUUCCGAUUAAGCUCCUUACCUUCGACUUUUUAAUCCCUUUCCUUUUGUACAUAAUAAAUCUGUGAUUCCUUGAAGUAUAUUUUUAUAAUACUAAGUUUGUUCACAUGCGAAUAUGACCGGUUUUUCUAUCUUCUUUUAGACUUUAUUAUUUUUCUGUUAUCUUCAUAUGUAUCCUACAUUUUAUUGGAAUCUCUUAUGAUGCAAGACUGUCUUAAAAAAAUAAAUCUUCUCUCAUCAUAUUUAAAACAAUUUUGAGUAUAAUCUAAUUAUAACAUUUCAUAAUUGGUACAAAGGGUUGCGAAUUUAGUAGUCUCAAAUGUUAAAAAUUAUUAACAAUUGACGUCUCAAUUAUUUAGAAUUCGAUUUAUUAUAAUAAAGUAAACAUGUUUGGAUAUGACCAUUAAAUCGUAUAUAAUCGAAACUCCAGCAAGACACCGCCGAGAAUUAUAGGUAAAUUAAUGCUGCAUUAGCUAUAAUAAAUGAUUCAGCUAAUGUAUAUUGUUGACAUGGUUUGUAAGUGUGAUGGAAAAUAAUAAAACAAUAAAUUGAUAUACAUUUUUUUCUUA